AUGUCGACCCCACAAAUAACUCAAUCUGCUCAGUCUACUCAGCCAUGUGAGCAUUUCCGGAAGCACGGGUCUUGUCGAAAGUCGUGUCCAUACUCACACCAGCCACCGAAGAAUGCUUCAAGCAACCCUAAGGCUGCUGGUCCGAGGUCAAAGAAAAAACCCGUGAAAUACUCUUCUUUCGUGUAUGACGACUCACAACCGGUCAUGUCUGAAUUCUAUCGCAUGUGUGACUGGUUCGGUUGGGAGAAAGAUGAUGAAGAACGGAAGGAGGCUCGCGAUCGUCUUAAAGAUGCAUUAGUUCAAGAGUUCAACGCUAUAUAUGGGACGGAUCCAAAUAGUCUGGCCGCCUGGAAAAGCCUGUGCUUGGUGCUCAACCUGGAUAAUAUACCAAACGAGUUGCAGGCUUGCAGACAGUUGGUCAAGUCUGUGCAUGUCAAUAUAGUCGACCUCGUUGAUACGCCUGUUACUCAACAGCCCGUUAUUCACUUUUCAAGUGAGGAGACGCUUGCCGAUUAUACUCGACUUACUGGAAAAUAUUUUCCCCGGGAGAGUGCAUACGCAGGCGGCCUUCUAAGGCCUGUCGAAGACCUUCUGUUCACCAUGACCAACCAACCGCUCCUUUCGGCAAGGAAUCUAAGUGUCCUAAAGGACAAAGACACAGCCAUAUUUAGCGAUGUAUCCUUUGACCUCCACGAAGGGGACAUUUUAGUCCUACAAGGUCGAAGUGGAGGGGGGAAAACUACUAUUUUGAAAGCGUUGGCACAACUGAACGUAUGUAAAGGAGAUGUUCGUUUUCAUGGCGAAGCCCCUUCUAAAUAUGGAAUUCCCACGUACCGCACCAAAGUGCUCUAUGUUCCUCAGCGCCCCUCGAUGCUUCCUUCAACUCCUCGUCACUUUCUUACGACCAUCAAUGAAUUCAGUUCCCGUGCUGUUCACAAGGAGAGGCCGCAAAACUCGACUUUUGGAACUGCGUCACAGGAACACCGACCCGAUGAGGAUCGGACGCAACUUGAAACGGGACCCCAUGACCCUUUCCAAAUUGCAAAGGAAUGGGGACUCUCCGAUGAUGUCUGGAGCCGGGAAUGGGCGACAUUGAGUGGAGGAGAGGCUCAGAGGGUGUUGUUGGCGAUUGCGUGUGGUCUACGCGGAACAGAAAUAUUGCUUCUAGAUGACAGCGAAACCAGCGCACUGGUUGAAAAGACUCUAACUGGGCUGCCCAAAUCUUCGUCUUCUAUCAAGGCCAUUGUCUGGAUCACUCACUCACACGAUCAAAGUGAACGGGUUGGAACCCGGUGGAUCAACGUCACGGGCCACGGAAUUGAGGAAAGCGAUAGUAGUGCAUACCAUAACCAAAACGGCACACCCUGA